CCGGCUCUCUCCCACUUACUACCCGUUGUCUUUCUCGAUGGCGUUCUUCUCCACCAUCAUCUCUCGCGCUCUCGUCCGCAGCAGCAACAGCAGGAUCUUGAAACCCUCGAUUCCAUGGCGAUCGAUCUGCCAUGGCGUAUCGAGAGAAGACGCGAGCGCCUAUCAUCUGAGCGGUGGGCCUUCUUUCAUGAGGGGGACCGUCUUCUGGGAGCCAAACAAGCCUCUCACCAUCGAAGAUUUCCAAAUGCCUCGCCCCAAAGCGGGAGAGCUCCUAAUCAAAACCAAAGCGUGUGGAAUCUGUCACUCCGAUCUUCAUGUCCUGAAAGGUGAACUUCCAUUUGCAAGUCCUUGUGUUGUGGGCCAUGAGAUAACAGGAGAAGUAGUUGACCAUGGGGCACAUACCGAUAGUGGAAUUAUAAAGAGGUUUCCUGUCGGAGCUCAUGUAGUAGGAGCAUUUAUAAUGCCUUGUGGUAACUGUUUCUACUGUGUGAAGGGUCAGGAAGAUCUGUGUGAGGCUUUCUUUGCAUACAAUCGAGCAAAAGGAACACUUUAUGAUGGUGAAACUCGGUUGUUUCUGCGCGGCAGUGGAAAGCCUGUAUACAUGUAUAGCAUGGGGGGACUUGCUGAAUAUUGUGUUGUGCCUGCCAAUGCAUUAGCAGUUCUUCCAAACUCAUUGCCAUAUACAGAGUCAGCUAUUUUGGGAUGUGCAGUCUUUACAGCCUAUGGUGCUAUGAAACAUGCAGCUGACAUGCGUGCUGGAGAAGCCAUUGCUGUGAUCGGGAUUGGUGGUGUUGGAUCAAGUUGUUUACAGAUAGCACGGGCAUUUGGGGCUUCUGAAAUUAUUGCUGUUGAUGUUCAAGAUGAUAAACUUCACAAUGCAAAGAUGCUAGGAGCAACUCACACAAUAAAUGCAGCAAAAGAAAAUGCCGUUGACAAGAUAAAGGAAAUAACUGGAGGAAGGGGUGUGGAUGUUGCUGUGGAAGCAUUGGGAAAGCCACUCACUUUUCUGCAGUGCACACAAAGUGUACGAGACGGAGGGAAAGCUGUAAUGAUAGGGCUUGCUGCAUCCAAUGCUAUAGGGGAAGUAGAUAUAACCCGUCUUGUCCGCAGACAGAUAAAAAUCAUAGGCUCAUAUGGAGCCAGGGCAAGGCAAGAUCUUCCCCAGGUGGUUAAACUUGCAGAAACCGGUAUCUUCAAUCUUAGUGGUGCUGUUUCGAGAAAGUGCAAAUUUGAGGAAGCGGGGAAAGCAUACCAGGAUCUUGAUGCUGGAAAUAUCAUUGGUCGAGCUGUCGUUGAGAUCAUGUAGUUCAGAGUUAAAAUCUCUGAAGAGGUAUUUCUUGCAACUUCUGGGGAGAAUUUUGAUAUUCCUUUAUCAUUUCUGGUAAUUUCAUUGAUAACCCUUUCUAUGUAGAUUGCUAAGCUAACCUUUGGAAUCUUUUCCUUCCUGACUUGUUUUGUCAUUCCCCAUGUGCAUUAUGCUUGCAAAUUUUGGUGAGACUUGCAUCGAUGAAACUGGGGAUUGAGAUAUCCUUGUGGUAAACAAUGAAUCAUAUUCUUAUCUUUCAA